AUUAGUCAUUCGCUUGCUGUCGUCCAUGAUAACGUCGCAGUCGUCGCACUCGUUCUGUUUGCCUCUGCUCUCGGCGAUUUUUACGUUGUUUCAUUUUCCUCCGGUCUGAUAAUUUAUCAAAAAAUCCCUGGGCCACUGAAUUAAUUACUCCUCCCCCUUCAAUCACAUCGGUGAGCCAUUUCAGUCGUGUGUGUGUUGACUACGUGGUGUGUGAGUUGGAGUUCACCUCGAGGCUUGUCCCCCUCUCCCAAGUGUUAAUGGCCACCAAAUAUUCGUUAUGAAUCAAUCUCGCAAUUUUACGUCGCUAUUGAACCCAAGUUAUUUGCAAAAUGCCCAGAAUUCAACGGCUAGUGCAGCUGCAGCUGCUGCAGCAGCCGCUGCUGCAGUUUCUGCGGCCAUUGCAAAUGGAACAUCGCUGAAUGCGAGUUCAUUAUCAGGAGGAAAAAAACGUGAUGUCGAUGAUGGCAAACAAGACCGAGAAUCCCGGGAAGAACGUCGCAAACGUCGCAAGACCCGUUGGGGUGGCAGUGAACAUGACAAAACCUUCAUCCCCGGAAUGCCAACAGUCCUGCCGACAAACCUCACUGCCGAGCAGGAACAAGCAUAUCUCUUUCAGCUGCAAAUUGAGGAAAUCAGCAGGAAACUGAGGACCGGAGAUCUGGGAAUACCGCUCAAUCCUGAGGAAAGAUCACCGUCACCAGAGCCCAUUUAUAGCAGUGAUGGUAAGCGGCUGAAUACCAGGGAAUACCGAACUAGGCGUAAAUUGGAGGAGGAGAGGCAUAAUCUUAUUCAGAAGAUAUUAAAGAUUAAUCCGGACUUCAAACCUCCACCAGAUUACAAGCCUCCGAUUAUUCGUGUGCAUGACAAAGUCAUGAUACCCCAGGAAGAGCAUCCUGAUAUCAAUUUUGUUGGAUUACUCAUUGGACCCCGUGGAAAUACCUUGAAAUCUAUGGAGAAAGAAACUGGUGCAAAAAUAAUAAUUCGGGGAAAGGGAUCUGUGAAAGAGGGAAAGGUGGGAAGAAAGGAUGGACAACCAUUGCCUGGUGAGGAUGAACCUCUACAUGCGUACAUCACGGCUAAUAAUCUGGAUGCUGUGAAGAAAGCUGUGGAGAGAAUUCACGAAAUAAUAAGACAAGGAGUAGAAGUACCAGAAGGACAAAAUGACCUUCGACGCAAUCAACUCCGUGAAUUGGCUCUCCUGAACGGAACUCUACGAGAGAACGAUGGGCCCAGAUGUACGAAUUGUGGUGCUUCAGAUCACAAAUCCUGGAUGUGUCCAGACAAACCAAAUGUUACAAAUAAUAUUGUAUGCUCAAGUUGUGGGGGAGCUGGCCACAUUGCAAGGGAUUGUAGAUCAAAGCGUCCAGGCCAGGGUGGGCCGGCAGCUGCUGGCAUGGGGGCAUUGGGUCCCGCUGGUGACAAGGCCAAAAUCGAUGAGGAAUACAUGUCCCUGAUGGCUGAACUUGGCGAGGGGCCGCCACCUGAUCGAUCCAAAUCGGGACAACGAGCUAAUGCCAAUCCCAAUUAUCCUGGAUUAUUUGACAAUAGGCAACAAGCUCCUCGAGCUCUGAUGGCAUCCCCAGCCCAUCCACCCCCUCAGCUGAUGCAAACAGCCCCAAUGAUGCCUCCCCCGGGUAUGGCGCCCCCUCCCUGGACCCAACCAGACCCCAACACUAUGAAUGGGAUGAAUAUGCAGUGGCAGCAGCCACCGGUGAGCAUGCCUCCACCCCCAGGUGUUAUGCAACCACCACCACCACCACCAGGCUCCCAGCCAAGCCAACCUAGCAUUCCUCCCUUGAUGCCAUGGAUGAGUGGAAACAAUCAACCACCACCACCUGGCCAGAUGCCCCCAACUCAAAUCCCACCACCAGGAAUGGGGAUUCCACCCUGGCAACAACCCCAGCAGAAUGCCAUGAGGCCCCCACCACCUGGUACAGCACCACCACCACCAGGAUAUCCAGCCUGGCAGCCACAACACAUGGGGGGAUGGCCACCAGCUGCUCCUGUGCCACCACCUCCCCAACAGUGUCAACCCCCAGCACCCCCUGGUAUCGAUCUAAACUCGUUACCAACACUUCUGGCUCAACCUCCACCACCUCCUCCUCCCACCAGUUAGUUUGGGCAGAUUUGCGGAUUGUAAACGAGGAUAUGAGAGGACGUGAGAAAAUUAGAUGAGUGAAUUUUGGUGUUUAGUUUUUGGGGGAUAGCUGGAGAUUGAUGAGAAAAAUAACUCUUUUCUGUCGGAAACUUUUCUGUGGAGAAUUUUAAGAACUAUAAAAAAAUGCCUGAAUGAUAAUUUUGAUAUCUCUUGUAGAUUUUAAGAUAUUCAAGCGAAACUAAACGUUUUUUCGGACGUUAUUAAUUGAAGAAACUAAAUUGAGAUUUAGUUUUGCAGAUAUAUUUUAAAAUUGAUGAGAGAGCGGUUUUUUUCUGUAAAUUAUUAGUGACAAAGUUAAACAAUUAUAAACUACAUCUGAAUAAUAAUUUGGAUGCCUCCUACUUCUUCGGAGAAAUUGUCUAAAAACUAAAGUACCAAAGUUAAAUCUGAAUAGAAAAUCUUCAAUUUUUUUGUAGCUCUCAAAAUUUUCUGACAAAAAUCCAUCGUCACAAUUGAAAAUAUUCACAUGGAAAGCAUGAAUUCAACGUGCAAAUGAUUUAGGUUAUCCUACAUUCAGCAAUUCAAAAAGUCUUUCACAAUGAAACCAGAAUAAUCAUUCGGUUUUUAUCUAUCAAAUUAUCAAUUACAAAUUCUUCAUACCUGUAGACCCUCGGCUACAAUUAAUUUGGGUUAGCAGCACAAUUUAUUUAGUUAUUCCUCACGAUAUCGGCACUAGAUUUACGUACAAUAUCUAGAAAUUAUGUCCUCUAAGAUUUUCUUUUUCCCCUGUAUAUCUGAUACACGAAGGGACUCGAUUUUACGAUAAUUAUGUGUAUAGAUUAAUUAUCCUUUGCUACAUUCAUUGACUUGACCGUUGAACACUCGGAAUAUUGAAAACUAAUGUAAUUCAUGCAUUUUUGGUUUUUUUCUCCAUCCGUUAAUCGCCCUAACUGAUGGUAUUUUAAUUAGGAAUGUGUUAAUCACGUUCGGAGUCAUUAUAUUACCUCAGAAAUGUGGCGAUUAUCCUGUGGAAAUUGUACACAAUAAAAUUGAGUUGAAUUGA